AUGUCAAACCAUUCCAACGAUUCAUUAGAUUCACUCUUUAACUACGAGCCGAGCCGUGCAGACGCCGAGGCGAAAGGUGUAACAGGAUCCUCCGAGGCGUCUAUCUCGCCGAGCCCUUCCAACCGUUUAUCCGAAAGCGACAAGGCGUCGAAUCGCUCAAGUCCGUCAGGCUCUCGCUCUCCAGAUGACGAGCUGUCGGUUUCGACGAGCCGCCUUCAUGGUUCCGCUCAUGAAGAUGUUAAUCAUGCUGCAGUGACAGCCGAGGAGGAAGCGUUUCCCUUUGAUAUGUUCGAGGUGAAGCGUGAAUUAGAACGUAUCAUGGCAUCCCGAGGUGCUUCUUCAUCUGGGCGAGGGAAGCGAGUGAAAAGACAAAAACCUGACCCGCCCGGCUCUACGUUCUCCUCCCCUGACUCAAUCGAGGCGUUGAGAUGUCGAUUCGGGAUAUCCGAGGCGGUAGAGUUCGUCCUUACAGAGAAGAAUGACCGAGCCGACAAACCUCCUGAGAAUCACUUUACUCUGUACGAGGCGUUCUUUGAGCUUUGUUUUCUCUGGUUCCUGAUCCCCGGAGUUAUCCUUGAGUACCUCUGGAAACAUGGGAUCUCAAUCGGGCAGAUCAAGCCGAGGGGUCUGCGGCACAUGAUCGAUAUUCUGGUUCGAAGUUUUGAAUGCGGGCUCGAUAUUGAACUGAAUCACCGGCUAAACUUGUUAGAGAUCAGAAAAGCUACGAAAGGAGACAGAUUUUACAUCUCCAACAAGUCUAACCGCCGGAUCAUAGGAGGUUUUCCAAGCAAGGAUCAGUUUUCGACCGAGCGCUUCUUCUAUGUCUUGGUGAACGAGGCAUCAGUCGGCGAGGAUUACGUUCAAAAAACCAAGACCGCUUGGGGACCACUUGUUCGGAACAUUCUUCCCUUAAUUCCCGACGACCUCUUUGUUGUCCGAGAUUCUCUUGCGGCUCAGAGAGUUAAUCGGAGGAAGCAUUUUAAAUUCGAGAGAGUGAAAAGAGCACGAGCCAUUCUUGCCGGAGUUUCUGUUAGCUCUUCGUCUUCAAAUUCCUCACUAGACACAAGGGAGAAAAUGGUGAUCAUUACUCUUAGAGACAAGAAAAGGCGCGAAGAAGAAGAAGCUGCAAGACGAGCAGCUGAGGCGGCUCAAACAGAGACCGAGGCUGUCCCUCAGGCCGAUCCGUCGAGCCGUGAAGGUGAAAGCACGAAGUAUGAUUCUGGCCGAAAACGUUCGGCCGCUGAUAAGGGGAAGGGCGUAGCUAUCCAAAAGGACGAGCCGGCCAAGAAGAAGCGCAAGCAGGCUCCUGGUGAUCCCGCUGCACGCAAACUGGUCGUCGACGACCCUGACGCCUCGGCAAUGAUGUUUGCACAUGUUAACAAUGCGAACACGCGUCUUCCUCCUCCUAAGAAGCUGAGGAAACCGAGGUCGUAUGGCGCAAUGGCACAGCGCGGUACCAAGUUUGUAGCGGCCAUCAACGAGCUGAUGGCUGAAUACGAGGCGGACCUGUCCAAGGUCGAACGUCGCCUGGACGAGGCUCGGAACGAGACCGCGGCGGUGAAGGGGAAGCUGGACGAGGCGAUGACCAGGGUGUCGAGGCUAGAAGAGGAGAAGAUAGUUCUUCGUGCCGAUAUCGACAAGGUUUCUGCCUCGGUCAUUAGCCUCGAGGAAGCUAGGAGAGCCAAAAGCGCCGAGGUGGCGUUGCUCAAAAGGCGUAUCGAGGCCAAGGAUGCCUUGUUUAACGUCAAGGUCAAGCGUGCGAAGAAGGAAGCGAGGCGAGAGCUGACGGCUAUGUUUCAGGAGCGCCUCGCCAAGGUGGAGGAAGGUUUGGCCAAGCUCGAGAAGACCAAACCAAUGAGAACGAGCUGGGGCAAAUCAAGGGCACCCUUGCGAUGA